UACUAAGCAUUAGAUCACUUCUUUAGUGCAAUUCGCUUAAACAUUUUUUGGUUAAACUUUUUUUUACUAAAUACUUUGUGGUACCUAGCGGACUGUUUAGUGAUUUAUUUUUAAAAUGCGGGAAAUAGUGCACGUUCAAGCUGGCCAGUGCGGUAACCAAAUAGGAUCGAAGUUCUGGGAGGUGAUAUCGGACGAGCAUGGGGUGGAUCCCCAAGGGGUGUAUCAUGGCACCAACCCGCUGCAACAGGAGCGUAUCAACGUGUAUUACAAUGAGGCUUCGGGAGGUAAAUACGUGCCCCGAGCAGUCCUGGUGGACCUCGAACCCGGGACCAUGGACGCGGUCCGCGGCGGGCCCUACGGACAGCUGUUCCGUCCGGACAACUUCGUCUUCGGACAGAGUGGCGCUGGUAACAACUGGGCAAAAGGCCACUACACCGAAGGCGCUGAGCUGGUAGACUCAGUCCUCGACGUCAUCAGGAAAGAAGCAGAGAGCUGUGACUGUCUCCAGGGUUUCCAGCUGACUCACUCUCUCGGAGGAGGCACUGGCUCCGGCAUGGGCACGCUGCUCCUCAGCAAGAUCAGGGAAGAGUUUCCUGACAGGAUCAUGAAUACUUUCAGUGUUGUACCCUCGCCGAAGGUCAGCGAGGUAGUCCUAGAGCCUUACAACGCGACGCUGUCAGUCCACCAGCUGGUGGAGAACACAGACAUGUCCUUCUGCAUCGACAACGAGGCGCUGUACAACAUCUGCUUCAGGACUUUAAGACUGGCCAGCCCGAGCUAUGGCGAUUUGAACCAUCUUAUAUCGCUGACAAUGUCAGGCGUGACCACGUGUCUCCGCUUCCCUGGGCAACUGAACGCAGACUUAAGGAAGCUCGCAGUCAACAUGGUUCCGUUCCCACGGCUGCACUUCUUCAUGCCAGGGUUCGCUCCUCUAACAGCAAGGAAUUCCUUCAACUACCGUCCUCAGACCGUCUCGGAACUCAUGAGUCAAAUGUUCAACCCCGGCAACAUGAUGACGGCUUCCGACCCCCGCCACGGCCGCUACCUCACCGUCGCCACCAUGUUCCGGGGACAGAUGUCCAUGAGAGAGGUGGACGAUCAGAUCCUGGCCAUACAGAACAAGAACUCCAGCUACUUCGUAGAAUGGAUCCCUCACAACCUGAAGGUGGCAGUGUGUGACGUGCCUCCUCGAGGCCUCAAGAUGGCGGCCACCUUCAUCGGCAACUCCACCGCCAUCCAGGAGAUCUUCAAGCGGAUAUCCGAGCAGUUCACCGCUAUGUUUAGGAGACGGGCCUUCCUCCACUGGUACACCGGCGAGGGCAUGGACGAGAUGGAGUUCACGGAGGCGGCCAGCAACAUGAGCGACCUCAUCUCCGAGUACCAGCAGUACCAGGAUGCGAAUGUGGAUGACGAAGAAGUGGAAUUUGACGAAGAAGAAGAACUGGCACAUCACGAUCCUCAACCGUAUAUGACCGAGGCGCAGUAGAACUAGUAUCACUAGUCUAGUAAGAGUAUUAAUUAAGUCCCACGGUACCAUUAUAACUUCGAACUCCUCCUAUGUUCUUCUGAUUAAUUUCGUUGCGGGUCCAAUGACAGUUUAACUUUCCCCCGGGACAAACUUGACCGUCACUGGUUGGGUUGAGCGGUCAAGCUGUAGAUCCUGGCUACACAGGAGUUGCAGCGGUGGGAACGAGAGGUGGGAAUAGUCCCGUGCCUACGGAAUAGCAUUUUUAGAAUUAUGAUUACCGUGGUAUUGGAAAUAAUUUGUAAAAUCCUAAUCGUAAGUUGAAGUGGUAUUUGCAGUUUGUAC